CAUCUGUUACCUAACAUGUCUCUGGGAUUUGAUCUCCAUAAUAUCUACCAUGAUAUUACAUCACUGAAAAGUUUUCUCAUUUGGCUCUCAGGCCUGGAUGAGAAAAUCCCUAAUUACACUUGUGGAGGAGACAGCAAGUCUGUGGCAGUACUUACAGGAACAUUUCCAUCAGCAUCUGUCCCAAUAAGCACAUUGUUGGAACUCUACAGAUUUCCUCAGCUUUCAUUUGGGGUUUUUGAUCCUAUGCUCAGUGACGAUGGCCAGUUUUCUUCUCUCUAUCAGAUGGCCCCCAAGGAUACAUCACUGCCCCUGGCAAUGGUCUCCUUGCUGAUUCAUUUCAACUGGAACUGGGUGGGGAUAGUCACCUCUGAAGACGAGAGAGGUGUUCAGUUUCUCUCCGGUUUGAGCGAGGAGAUGGAAAGGAACAAUAUCUGUGUAGAAUUUGUGCAUAUGAUUCCUACUGAUGUAAGUGUAUCCACAAAUAGCUAUCACAGAUAUAAUAAACAGAUUGUGACAUCAUCAUCAAAUGUCGUUAUCGUGUUUGGAGGUAUCAACACUUCUGUAAGUAGGAUUUUUAGAAGAUGGGAGUACUUCAACACAAGGAUAGUCUGGGUCACCACCUCGCAAUGGGAUGUUGCCGCUGGCGAGAGACACUUUCUCCUCGACCCAUUUCAAGGUACUCUCAUUUUCUCACACCACCAUGGAGAGAUUCCUGGUUUCAAGCAUUUUAUGCAGACGGUGAAUCCUUCAAAAUACCCAGAAGACAUUUCCCUCGCGAGGCUGUGGUGGAUGCAUUUUAACUGCUCGGUCUCGGAGUCCACUUGUCAGUCUCUGGAGAACUGUUCAUCCUAUGGCUCCUUGGAGUGGUUGCCUUGGCACAGCCGUGACAUGGCCAUGAGUGAGGGGAGUUAUAAUAUAUACAAUGGGGUUCAUGCUGUGGCCCGCACUCUCCACGAGCUACUUCUUCAACGAGUAGAUACGCAACCAAUAAAGCACGAAAACGGAAUGGGAUUUUUUCCCUGGCAGCUGAACUUCUUCCUGAGGAGCUUGCAAUUUAAAAAUUGCAUCGGAGACACUGUGGAUAUGAAUCAGAAAAGAAAAUUAAAUGCAGAGUAUGAUAUUCUUAAUUUUUGGAAUUUUCCUGAAGGACUUGGACUUAAGGUAAAAGUGGGAAAAUUUUCCUCAUAUUUUCCACAUGGCCAGCAACUGACUCUGUCAGAAGAAAUGAUAGAGUGGGUCACAGGACUUACAAAGAUCCCCCAGUCUGUCUGCAGUUCCAGUUGCGGUCCUGGAUUCAGGAAGUCCCAUCAGGAGGGAAAGCCUAUCUGUUGCUUUGAUUGCAUCCGCUGCCCAGAGAAUGAGAUUUCCAAUGAGACCAAUAUGGAUCAGUGUCUGAGAUGUGCAGACCAUCAGUAUCCCAACAGGCAACAAACACUCUGUCUUCCAAAAGGUGUGACCUUUGUGGCUUCUGGAGACCCCUUGGGGAUGGCACUCACCUACGCGGCUGUGAGCUUCUCCAUUCUCACUGCCAUUAUUCUUGGGCUCUUCGUGAAGCACCGAGACACUGCCAUUGUCAAGGCCAACAACAGGGCUCUCAGCUACACCCUGCUCAUCUCCCUCACCUUCUGUUUCCUCUGCUCCUUGCUCUUCAUCGGCCGGCCCAACGCAGCCACCUGCAUCCUCAGGCAGACCACAUUUGGAGUUGUGUUCACUGUGGCUGUUUCCACCGUCCUGGCCAAAACGAUCACUGUGGUGCUGGCCUUUAAGGUCACUGCUCCAGGCAGGAGGAUGAGGCAGUGGCUGGUGUCCGGGGCACCUAACUCCAUCAUUCCCAUCUGCUCCCUGAUCCAACUCACUCUCUGUGGAGUCUGGAUGGGGACGAAUCCACCCUUUGUAGACACAGAUGCACACUCGGAACAUGGCCACAUCAUCAUCGUGUGCAACAAGGGCUCCCUUGCCGCCUUCUACUGUGUCCUGGGAUACCUGGGCUCCCUGGCCCUGCUGAGCUUCACCGUGGCUUUCCUGGCCAGGAACCUGCCCGACACCUUCAAUGAAGCCAAGUUCCUGACCUUCAGCAUGCUGGUGUUCUGCAGUGUGUGGGUCACCUUCCUCCCCGUGUACCACAGCACCAAGGGGAAGGUCAUGGUGGCCGUGGAGGUCUUCUCCAUCUUGGCCUCCAGUGCGGGGCUUCUGGGCUGCAUAUUUUUCCCCAAGUGCUAUUUUAUUUUGUUACGGCCAGAAAUGAACUGUUUACAUCAAUUUGGAAACAGAAUUCAUUCUAAAAAUAAUAAUUCUUGUUAA